UACUGCGUAAAUAUAUAUAUAUAUGCCUUGAACGACGGAAAACCAUAGGUAGGUACACCAUAGCAUGCAUGCAUGCAUAUGUACACGUUCAUCUGUUUUUUGUUUUCCUCCCCGAACUUUUUCCCCAGCGAAUUGUUAUAGUCAUGUUUGAACAGGUACAACACAAAGUUGAUAUUGACAUCCAUGACAUGACAUGACCUCUCUAUAUGUAUGACCUUUGUGUGAACUUGUACAGAUGAUAAUUUUGAACGCCCCCUUCUGUUCUGGCCCCCUAGACCCCAUCUCUUCUUUCUUUAAUCCUUCUUCUUCCAAUAUAUGGCUUGACAAAUCGCAAACAUACAACAAACAACAACAACUUUCCCGGAUGGUUAAUGCUGGUAUGUACAUACACAUGACUCGAACAGCAUGACAUGGCGUCCAUCACAUCUACAUCUACCAUUCCUGCAUCCACCCCCCUUGACCUUAUCGCUCUGUCGAUACAUUCCUGCCUGGGUGGUAAGUGCUGCUGCUGCUACGCUCCAGGACACCGGGCAAUUUGUAUCCCCGCGCUAUCAUCGUCCCUUCUUUCCACCUUGAGCGCUCAAAUAAUAGCGGGCGCGGUGAGAGAAGAAGACAGACUCGCAGCACCACGUAUAGCGAAUGGGGAAAACUGGGGGGAGAUGGACACCAGCCCAGGUGCAGUCACAUUGUCUUCCGCCCACUGCGCAGUUUUCGUCGUCAUCGACGGACGGGCUAGACUAGACUAGACUCGAUUCGAAGAA